GAAAUAUUUAACCCUUGUAUAAAUGGGUGAUGACUCAAAUCAAACAUAAAUUUGGUUAAUAAUAUGCAUUAUAGUGUUUCUUUUAAUUGCAAUGAUAGUGUUUUUAGUUUUAAAAAGAUUCAGAAGAAAAAAUAAAAGUAAAAAGCUAGAAGAAGAAAUCAAUAAACUUUAGCAGUAUGUAAAUUCUUGUGACAGAAAGCUUGAAAGUCGGGGUGAUAAUAUCAAUACUUAACCACAAUUAUAAAAUUAAUCAAGCUCAUUUACUAAAACAAAUCCAAUAUAUUAAUAAGAUUAAGAAAUUUAAAAUGAAAAAAAAUAGAAAAUAUUUUAUGAUCUUGAUAUUGAUAAAUUAGAACGGGAAAUCAUAAAUAAUGAAUCAUAUUCUCCAAAUUGUAAUGAUAGAGUAAAAUAAGGAAAGUAAAAUGGAUGUAAAUAAAUUAUGGGAAUUAAAAAGAAAAAUCUACAAAUUCAAAUUCCUUAAGAUUGA